CUCUUGGUUACCUACCGUUUUGACGGUCCGUUCGUGUUUGGCGUCCGGUCACAUCUCAAGACGAGCGGACAUGAUGGGCCCUCCGAAUCCCGAAAAGACGAGUUUUGGGGGCCGUCUCCGCGCCAGCCGCCUAGCCUUGUGGUGGAAGAGUCUCCUGCACGACUAUGCUGAAGCCUGCCGAGAAGUCGCCCAAGGCAUCCGGCAGCGGCCGGUGAAAGCAGGGCUUUACCUGUCGCUGUUGGCUGGAGCGGUGAGCUGCAGCCUCCGCAACCCCAGUGAAGCCUCAUUCGACUCCAGCCUCCUGGAAGCCUCGGGGACUCUGCUACUCCUCUCGCCCUGGACGCGCAGCAGCAGCUCGGAAAAGCAUACCCAGCGGCUGAUGGUGCUCCGAAACCGAGGCCAGCUGCGGGUCCAGAACCUCGCGUUUUUCUCCCUCCUCUACGAGGCGCCUUACGACGCCGGAGCAGAUCUCUAUCAAGCGCACUGCAAGUAUCUAAAGCCACGGUGGACUGAUUUUCCCAGCCUGGUCCUUGAUGUAGGCUUCUGGGGGCGCUGGUGGGUAUUGCACUCUAGAAUGCAGAAUUCAGACAUUAACAAUGAAGAGUUUCAGUACCUGCCAGGGCAUCUCAAGACCAUUUCUUUUAAUGACUUGCACUCGGAAACCAACGAGAAACUUUUUGAUGAGAAGUACAAAGCUGUGAUUCUGACAGAAGAGCAAAUCCAAGAAGCUGACGGGGAGAAUCAAGGGCAACUACACUCUUAAUUAAAGCAGUUGGUUGACUGUAAUAUAGUAAUAGAAAAAAACCAAGAUACUUCAUUUAUUCAUCUUUCUAUUUUCUUCUAGGGCUCAUAUUCAUUGCUGUAUUCUUGGGAGGCAUAAGAUUUGAGAAUAAAUGCUGUCUAAAUCUGA